AUGUGCACCUCAGUUGAGAACUGCACCCAGGUCACCUGGUUCCUCUUGCUGGGGCUCACAGAGCAGGAAGGGCUCAAGGGCAUCCUCUUUGUACUCUUCUUGUUCAUCUACUUAGUCACCCUUAUGGGCAACCUGGGCAUGAUUAUCUUGAUUCACACAGAGCCACAGCUGCACACGCCCAUGUACUUCUUCCUGAGCGUUCUCGCCUUCAUGGACUCCUGUUUCUCCACUGUGGACACCCCCAAGCUGCUGGAGAACUUCCUCACCUCAAGUCAAUACAUCUCCUUUGCAGGCUGUGUGGCCCAGAUGGCCCUCAUGACUCUCCAUGGUAUUGCUGAGUGUCUGCUCCUGGCCAUCAUGGCCUAUGAUCGAUUUGUUGCCAUCUGCCACCCUCUCCUCUACCACACCAUCAUGUCACAACGUCUAUGUUUCCAGAUGGUGGCAGCCAUCUAUACAGCUUCUAUUGCCAAUUCAGCUUUGCUAACUGGGUACAUCUUCAAGCUGCCCUACUGUGGCCCCAACGUCAUUAACCACUAUUUCUGUGACAUCCCCCCAGUGCUUAAACUUGCGGUCUCCUAUGCCUACGUCCUGGUGACUAUCUGCAGAAUGCAUUCCCCAGAGGCUCAGAGCAAAGCACUCUCCACCUGUACCUCCCACCUCACCAUUGUCUGCCUUUGGUAUGGCACCAUCAUCUUCAUGUAUGCUCAGCCAAGCUCUCUCAAUUCCAUGGAACAGAACAAGUUCGUGUCUGUCUUCUACACUGUGAUCAACCCUAUUCUGAACCCCCUGAUCUACAGCCUGAGGAAUAAAGAUGUGAAGUCUGCUUUAAAGAGGAGAUACUUUGGCAAGCUGCCUUCUUAA